AUGAGUCAUUUGCGGCCUAAUUAUGAUUAUCCAGCUGGUGCUCCCAUGAGCAUCAACAUGCUCGAUGAUCAUAGUCAAGAGGAGCUUCAUCCAGUGACGACUUCAUCGUCGCAACCUUCGCAAUCGCUUCCUGCUGACUCGCCCUUCAAGGAUGGCUUCGGUGGUAUCACCUCACCGCCUAAACAAAGCAUUGGCCAUAUUGAUGCAUUGACGUCGUCCAGAUCCGGCCAUGAAAACAUCGACAUGAAUCCGCCUCUGAUUGACCACGACCAUUUCAAUGUGAUGUCUUCUUCUCCGGCCAGCCAGGACCCUGGCUUGGGCAUAACUGGGUCUUCAACUCAUUUUCCUGACGACGGCCACUAUAAUGCAACGGCCGUCGAAAUGUAUCCUGAUACUUCUGUUUCUCCCAUGCACAACUAUGGCAACAUCGGUCCUGCGGCUGCAUCCCCCCUGCUCCAUCGUGGGAACUCUGAUGCUUCAGCAUCCCCCAUGUUGAAUUAUGGCUUCCCAGACUCCGGGACCUCGCCACUUCUCCAGCGCGGUGGCUCCAUCACAUCUGAUUCGCCUAUGCUAAACUACGGCAACAUGAAUGCAACAGCUACGCCCAUGCUUAGUCGUGCAAACUCCGAUGCUACAUCUUACCGGCUGCUGAACAGGGAUCACGUCGACCCAUAUGGGUCUCCCGCUAUGAGUCACAGGAAUUUGGACUUUCAUUCAUCCCCCAUGCCCAAGUACGAUCCUUACGAUGUUUCUUCCUCUCCAAUGUAUCGCAACGACAGCUUCGAUCAUACGUCCCCCUUGUCACCGAUGGAUGCGGAUCAUAGUCAUCGUGUGCUUGUUGAUGAGAAGGAAGAAGAGGAUGUACCCAUUGCUUCGCUACUGAACUCCUAUCUGAAUAAGUCUGGCACGGCUUACAGGGAUGCCGAUGGCUUUAGUACAAACAACCUGCACGGACGUAAUGCUUAUCGCGAUGAAGACAGUGACAUUUCUGACUCCGAUAACAUGGAUCCGUAUCCAUGGAUGACCAUGGCGGACGUCAAGGAGCCUGACGAUGUCAUUCAUGAUCCUGACAUGAAGAGUCCCAGAAGCAGAUUUGAGCCCUGGCGCGCAGUUUUCAAUGUCGGGACCAUCAUUUUCUUAAUUCUUGCUGUAUUGAUGUUAUUUGCUGGCUAUCCCAUUCUCCACAAUUACACUAUGAACCACAACACUGACAAAGUCAAGCAAUCCCUGAGUCAAGUCCAGUCCCACGACUUUUCUUAUCCUUCAGGCUCAUUUCUUUCGCGCUUCAAUAACUCGAAGCUUUCCAAGAACUUCGAUAAAGACGCUCGAAUGUUGAUCGACCCUGAUACCCCCGAAGAUGCAUAUGAACUAAAGUCGAGCUAUUCUAGAGGCAGAAAAAAUCGUCGAUUUAAGCUUGUUUUCUCUGACGAGUUUAAUACAGAUGGCCGCAGCUUUUAUCCUGGCGAAGAUCCAUUCUGGGAAGCCGUCGACUUGCAUUACUGGGGUACUAACAAUCUCGAAUGGUAUGAUCCCUCUGCCGUCACGACCAAGAAUGGAUCAUUGCGUAUCCAGCUUGAACAACACCCUGAGCACGAGUUGUACUUCCGUGGUGGUAUGAUUCAAUCUUGGAAUAAGCUAUGUUAUCGGAACGGUAUUCUGAUCGCGAGUAUCCAGCUUCCCGGAUUCAAAGAUGUAAGUGGUCUCUGGCCGGCCUUUUGGGUUAUGGGCAACUUGGGUCGCGCCGGCUUCGGUGCCUCUCUUCAAGGCACCUGGCCUUACUCAUACGAUCAGUGUGAUGUCGGGACUUUGAUGAACCAAACUAUAUGGAAUUCGACUCAUCCGGAAGGCUGGCCCCCACAUUCAACUGAUCUCGGUGGUGCCACCAUGUUCAACCAGAAGCAUAACACAAGUUCGAUUUCUUUCCUUGCUGGUCAAAAACUUUCUCGGUGCACUUGUCCUGGAGAAGAUCAUCCUGGGCCCUUCAAUGAAACGUUAGGCGAGUUUACUGGCCGCGCUGCUCCAGAAAUUGAUGUGUUUGAAGCGCAGAUCAAGGACGACAAGUAUGUUCAGAUGUCCCAGUCGUGCCAAAUGGCUCCAUACAAUUGGCAAUACAACAUUACUUGGGAACAUGGAAAGGCCAAUACUUUCCAUUUCUUUGAUGAUGAAGAUGGGUCUAUAUUGAACCCAUACACUGGUGAAAUUACGCAGCAAUCGCUGAGUGGCACACACAGCGCGAGUCAAACCGCUGUUCAGUAUGUGGCCAACUCUACGGAUACAGAUGUUCCGGGUAACUUCGCUACAUACUCUAUGGAGUAUCGCGGAGGUUCUCACAACAAACAGAAAGAAGAUGCUUAUGAAGACAGCUAUGUUGUUUGGACGAGUGAUGGGAAACCAUCUUGGGAAUUAUUCCCUGAUGCGGUGUUGGCAGAUUCUCUUUCGCAUGUGGGAGCGCGACAAUAUCCAAAGGAGCCAAUGUACAUUAUCCUGAAUCUUGGCGUGUCUAAGAACUUUGGUGAUAUUAAAUGGGACAAGCUUAUGAAAGCGUUUCCCUUUGAGAUGGCUGUGGACUGGGUUAGACUAUAUCAAGAUCCCGAUGAUCCUGACUCUCAUUUAGGCUGUGAUCCAGACGACAUGCCAACAGCAGACUACAUCAAUCGUCAUAUGGAAGCCUACACCAAUGCGAACUUGACCCUUUGGGGUAAUACGCGUGAAGAAGGCGGCUACGGUGCCGAUUGGCCGAGGAAUCGUUUGUACAGUGAUGGUGGAGCCUGUAAGCGCCCUCCCUCCAAGGAGCCAGGCGAUCCUGAUCCCAAGUUCAAGAGCAAAGCUCCUUACGUUCCAUCCGCUUCAGUUACCAAGACUCCUGGCGCUCAGUUUAAUUGGGGCGAUAGGACUAAAACCUUGCCUAUGGCUACUGAUGCUAUGGUAAUUCCAUUCCCAUAA